AGGGAAGACAGACAAUUUGGUCAGGAAGAAAUAUUAAAGGAAGGUGAAGAAGGUGGAGACAUAUGAAAGUUAUGGCAGCCUUUCAAAGAGUGACAUUAGUGGAGGGAAUGACAAACGUAUAGAGAGGAAGAGAAAGAAUAAGGGGUAAACAGAAGGAAAACCUAAGGCGCCUGGAAGAAGGGGGGACGUGGGCUGAGCAGGAGGGAGGAGAGAAGCUCUGCUUCUCCUAAUAAAGCAAGUGUAUUUGAAAGGAGGUGCUGUGUUACCACAGAGAAAGAGGAAGAGAGGGCUGGAGAGAGAGAGAGAGAGAGAGAGAGAAGGGGAAACAGCAAGGGGCAUAGGAUAGAAAGAGCAUUGUGUUACUGCUGAGAAAGGACCCAUGUCUGCACAAAGAGAGAUGAAAGAGAAGAACCCCUGGCACACGCCGCUGACCAUCAUCAUCACUGUGAUUGGUGUCAUAGCGAUUGUUGCCCUGGUGACAGUUGCAGUUUUGCAGAACAAACCAGUCCUCCAAAAGUACAAGUAUGGGAUUGUGCUCGACGCGGGCUCUUCCCAUACAGCUCUUUAUAUCUACGAGUGGCCGGCAGAGAAGGAUAACAACACUGGAAGAGUGGAACAGAAGCAUUCCUGCAAAGUAAAAGGUAAAGGUAUCUCAAGCUAUGCAGCUGAACCAGAGAAGGCUGGAAUGUCACUGACAGAGUGCAUGCAAGAAGCCGAGAUGCAGGUCCCCUCAAGGAGACACCAGGAGACCCCGCUCUAUCUGGGGGCUACAGCUGGAAUGAGACUGCUGGAUAUAGAGAACAGCGCGGCAUCAGACAAGGUGUUUGAGGCUGUGGAGAAAGCCCUGCAAAGAUUCCCUUUUUCGUAUCAGGGGGCGAGAAUACUCAGCGGGCAAGAGGAGGGCGCCUUCGGCUGGGUCACCGUCAACUACUUGGAUGAUCGUCUCAAACAGGGUCUAGAAACAACAGGGGCUCUUGACCUUGGUGGGGCCUCAACUCAAAUCAGCUUUGUACCUCAUGAAAAUUACAUUUCAGAGUCGCCAAGCAACUCUGUGGCCUUCCGACUCUACGGAAAUGACUACAACCUGUACACUCACAGCUUCCUGUGCUAUGGGAAGGACCAAGUGCUAAGAAUGGCUCUGGCACACCAGACUCAAUCAGGUCCAAUAACAAUGUCUGAUCCGUGCUUCCACCCAGGCUAUUCAUUGACAAGGAAUUACAACGCCCUGUAUGACAGCCCAUGUGUCUUAGAGAGGAAACCCAAAGGAGCUCCUUUAAAUUUCACUCACACAGGAGUAGGAAACUUUUUACAAUGCCAGGAAGUUGUCAAAAAUCUGUUUAACUUUACUUCCUGCAAAUACAGUAGAUGCUCUUUCAACGGGAUCUUCCAGCCACCUCUGCAAGGAUCAUUUGGGGCCUUCUCUGCGUACUACUUUGUGAUGAACUUCCUCAACCUGACUGAUACUUCCAUCCCAUUAGAAACUGUGAAGAACAAUCUAGCAAACUACUGUGCAACCCCAUGGAAUCAGAUAAAGCAGCAACACCCAAAGAUUAAAGAGAAAUACCUUGCCGAAUAUUGCUUUUCUGGCACAUAUAUCCUCACACUGUUGACAGAAGGAUACAACUUCACUACGGAAACAUUCUCCAAGAUAAAAUUCAUCAAAGAGAUAAAAGGCAGUGAUGCAGGCUGGACACUGGGCUACAUGUUGAACCUGACCAACAUGAUUCCAGCAGAGGCUCCAGACUCACCCCCACUCCCACACGCCGGCUACGUCUCCAUAGUCACUGUCAUCGCAUUAUUGCUUUUCAUCCUUUUCAUCCUCAGCUUGCGUCCUAUCUGGCCCAAAUGCUCCAAGCAACCACAGAUUGUAUAAGCACAAUAAAGAAUCCAUGUCUGAGUGCUGUGUCAGGAACGUCUGCAAAGAGUUGUGAGUGUGUGUUUGUGUGGGUGAAAGGUCAUCUGACGCUGUCAAAUAUGGUCCAGCAACUUCUGCUGUUUUAAGGAUUUUUCAGAAGGGCAUACUUUUUCACUCAUCGGGAGAGUGAAACAUCUGACUGAAGGACAUUUUCUCAACUUAAAUAUGAGGCUUGGACUUGAAUGAGCAAAACUGAAUGCAUGCCUGAAAGUGUGUGUGCAUCCUCAUUGGUAUGCAUGUCUGUGUCCUGAAUUAUGCUGUGAAUAUAUAACUGUAUAAAUAAAGUAACCCGAGUUUAUAUGAGAAGCUCCUUGUAAAGUAGUUACACCGUGGUCUUAAACCUUUUCAAAUUUUGUGAAUUUACGAUAAACUUUAACGUGAA